GUUCUGGGCUGCAGGCUGUGCCGGGUGCGCAGAGGCGGUGCGCUCCUAGCGGCAGCACUGUUCAAACCAAACAGACAGAAAGAGAGAAGAAGGAUGUUGAAGUGACUUGUGGCGUGACUGCACAUUUACACGUCUAUAUUCCUAAGCACAUGGGUCUUCUGGGAGCUGGUUCCCUGUGUAAUAAAACAACUUUUUGGGAGAGCGCGAGUUGGAGGCUGGCUGUGACCAUGUGUUGAACUGUGGAGAAGAUUGUUGGUUUUUUUGAAAGGUGCCAAAGACGCGUCUCAAGGAACCGAGGACAUGCGGAGAAGUCCAUAGCCUGUAGCUGCGUUUGUUUUCCAGCGUGGACUUCCAUUCCUUAUCCGAUUCCCUGUGUGGGCUUCAUCCUGCCGGAGAACUGGCACAGAUUGCGAAUGAACUCACCGGGCACAGGCGGAUAAUUGUACGCAAACACGGAGAGUUUGGUUGGAAGGUUUGCUGGAUAUUUACAGCCCGAGCAGCUCCGGGUGACCUGCGGUUCAAUGGAUCCUCUCUGUUUUUGGACAUUUAAACUGGCUGUUGUCAGUGAGUAACCUCUGCGUGUUCACGCCACAGAAACACGGAGCACACUCUGCUGUCAUUUUUUUUUUUUUGGACAUAUUAUUUUGUGCGGUGAAAUUGGAGGAUUUGUGCGCCCGCCGUGGAUGUUUAAUAUGCUAGUAUGGGUCCGCUAGCGUUCAUCCUCGUUGGUGGAUUACUGUAUUUUCAAGCUGAUGGAUCCCGUCUGCGCCAAGAGGACUCCCCACCCCGGAUUGUGGAGCACCCCUCUGACCUGAUUGUCUCCAAGGGGGAACCCGCCACUCUCAACUGUAAAGCAGAGGGGCGGCCGACCCCAACAGUGGAGUGGUACAAGGAUGGAGAGCGGGUGGAAACGGACAAAGACGACUCACGUUCUCACCGCAUGCUGCUGCCCAGCGGCUCGCUUUUCUUCCUGCGUAUCGUUCAUGGACGACGGAGCAAACCGGAUGAGGGAGCCUACGUCUGUGUGGCACGGAACUACCUGGGAGAAGCUGUCAGCCGCAAUGCAUCUUUGGAAGUAGCAUUGCUACGAGAUGACUUCAGACAAAACCCUACAGAUGUGGUGGUGGCAGCAGGAGAGCCAGCGAUCCUCGAGUGUGUUCCUCCCAGAGGCCAUCCGGAGCCCACCAUCUACUGGAAGAAGGACAAAGUGCGAAUUGAUGACAAGGAUGACAGGAUCACAAUCCGAGGAGGGAAACUAAUGAUCUCCAACACAAGAAAGAGUGACGCCGGCAUGUACAUCUGUGUGGGCACCAACAUGGUCGGAGAAAGGGACAGCGAGACUGCACAAGUCACAGUGUUUGAGCGACCAACCUUCAUCCGGAGGCCCAUCAACCAGGUGGUCCUGGAGGAGGAGACAGUGGAGUUUCGCUGCCAGGUACAAGGAGAUCCCCAACCCAAUGUACGCUGGAGGAAAGAUGAUGUUGAUGUUCCUCGUGGGAGGUAUGAGAUCAAGUAUGACAAGGAGGACUAUGUGCUGAGAGUGAAGAAGGCUUCUGUCAACGACGAGGGCAUGUUCACCUGUGUGGCAGAAAACCGCGUGGGAAAGCUGGAGGCCUCGGCCACUCUCACAGUCAGAGCUCGCCCUGUUGCUGCACCCCAGUUUGUCAUCCGUCCAAGGGACCAAAUUGUGGCUCAAGGCCGCACUGCCAGCUUCCCCUGUGAAACCAAAGGAAACCCUCAGCCUGCCGUCUUCUGGCAGAAGGAGGGAAGUCAGAAUUUGCUCUUUCCAAACCAACCCCAGCAGCCCAACAGUCGCUUCUCAGUGUCGCCCAGCGGAGACCUCACCAUCUCGUCUGUGCAGCGGACAGAUGCUGGUUACUAUAUCUGCCAGGCCCUGACCGUUGCAGGCAGCAUCCUCGCCAAGGCUCAACUGGAGGUCACAGAUGUGCUCACAGACAGACCGCCGCCCAUUAUUCGCCAAGGCCCUUCCAAUCAGACGCUUGCGGUGGACAAUGUGGCACUUUUGAAGUGCCAGGCAUCAGGAGACCCCAUCCCCUCUAUCAGCUGGCUGAAGGAUGGGGUCAGUCUGCUGGGAAAGGACCCACGCAUGUCUCUGCAGGAGCUGGGCAGCCUGCAGAUCAAAAACAUUAAGCUCUCAGACUCUGGGAUCUACACGUGUGUGGCCACCAGCUCCAGCGGUGAAACAUCAUGGAGUGCUUUCUUGGAAGUCAAAGAAUCAGGUGGAGCGAUUGUCAUUAAGAACCAUGAUGAGAAUGAGCUUCCAGGUCCACCAUCUAAACCUCAGGUCACUGAUGUCACCAAGAACAGUGUGUCCUUGUCCUGGCAGCCUGGGAUGACUGGGGCUUCACCCGUCUCAUCCUAUGUCAUUGAAGCAUUCAGUCAAUCAGUGAGCAACAGCUGGCAAACAGUAGCAGAUCAUAUCAAAACCACCCAGUUCACUGUCAAAGGUCUCCGUCCCAACACCAUCUACCUGUUCAUGGUUCGAGCCGUCAACAGCCAGGGCCUCAGUGAUCCAAGCCCCAUGUCAGAUCCUGUCAGAACACAAGAUAUAAGUCCUCCAGCUCAGGGUGUCGACCACAGGCACGUGCAGAAAGAACUUGGCGAAGUCAUAGUUCGGUUGCACAACCCAGUCGUUCUGAGUCCCACAACCAUUCAGGUCACAUGGAUGGUGGAUCGUCAGUCCCAGUUUAUCCAGGGUUACAGAGUUCUGUACAGGCAAACAUCAGGGCUGCCUUCGCCAGGACCCUGGCAGACCCAGGAUGUGAAGAUCCCUUCUGAGCGCAGCGUCAUCCUCUCCGCACUCAAGAAAGGAAUCGUGUACGAGAUCAAGGUUCGGCCUUAUUUCAACGAGUUUCAAGGCAUGGACAGUGAAUCCAGGACUGCGCGGACGACUGAGGAAGCUCCCAGUGCCCCUCCUCAGCAGGUAACAGUCCUGACUGUGGGAAACCAGAACAGCACUUCCAUUAGCAUCUCCUGGGACCCCCCUCCAUCAGACCACCAGAACGGCCUCAUACAAGAGUACAAGAUCUGGUGUUUGGGCAAUGAGACACGUUUCCAUGUAAAUAAGACCGUGGAUGCAGCCAUACGCUCUGUGGUGGUGGGUGGGCUGCAGGUGGGAGUGGUGUACAGAGUGGAAGUGGCUGCCAGCACAAGCGCGGGGGUUGGAGUCAAGAGCGAACCUCAGUCUAUCAUCAUCGGUAAGGAGUUUCGGGACGUGAUUAUACAUGGAAACCGGAACAACAGCAUCACAGAGCAGAUCACUGAUGUGGUGAAGCAGCCUGCUUUUAUCGCGGGUAUCGGUGGGGCCUGCUGGGUCAUCCUCAUGGGCUUCAGCAUCUGGCUCUACUGGAGGAGAAAGAAGAGGAAGGGACUGAGCAACUACGCAGUUCAGUCCUUCACCUUCACCCCUGCAGUGACAUUCCAGAGAGUCGAUGGCGGUCUGAUGAGCAAUGGAAGCCGGCCGGGACUGUUGAAUGCCGGUGACCCAGGCUACCCCUGGUUAGCUGACUCCUGGCCAGCCACCAGCCUGCCUGUCAACAGCAGCUCUGGGGGACCCAAUGACCUGAGUAACUUUGGGCGAGGAGAUAUCCCCACUGGUCAAGGGGAUAAGACGGGCACCAUGCUCUCUGAUGGAGCCAUCUACAGCAGCAUAGACUUCACCACCAAAGCCAACUACAACAGCGCUGGCCAAACAUCCCAGGCCACGCCCUAUGCCACUACUCAGAUUCUCCACUCCAGCAGCAUCCAUGAGCUGGCUGUAGACCUGCCUGAGGCCCAGUGGAAGGCCUCGCUCCAGGCCAAGCAGGAGAUGGCCAACCUGGGCUACUCCCUGCCCGACAAGAAUUCCUGCAACAACACCCUCCUUUUCAUUCCUGACUACCGAUUGGCCGAUGGAUUGUCUAAUAGAAUACCACACAACCAAUCACAAGAUUUCAGCACCACCAGCUCUCACAACAGCUCAGAGCGAAGCGGCAGUCUCUCAGGCGGUAAGGGAGGAAAGAAGAAGAAAACCAAGGCUGGCUCCAAACCCACCAAAGCCAAUGGCUCGAGCUGGGCUAAUGUUCCCCUGCCCCCGCCUCCUGUUCACCCGCUUCCUGGCACUGAGAUGGACCAUUAUCCCAAUGAGCACCAUGAGGGAGGAGGGUAUGAGAGUGACGGUUGGGGACCGCCCAUGCCCGUGCAGACCUAUCUUCAUCAGGGCAUGGAGGAUGAGCUGGAAGAGGAGGAGGAGCGGGUUCCCACCCCACCCAUACGAGGAGUCGCCUCUUCCCCGGCUGCUGUGUCUUUUGGACAGCAGUCCACAGCCACACUUACCCCUUCUCCUCGGGAUGAGAUGCAGCCCAUGCUCCAGGCCCAUCUGGAUGAGCUGACCAGAGUAUACCAACUGGACAUGGCAAAACAGACAUGGCACAUGCAGGGAGGCUCCCUUCCUCCUCAGGCUCCAGCUCCUCCAGUGGGCUACGUGUCGAGCACAAUGGUUUCUGACCAGGAGACUGACCUGCCGGAUGAGGAGGAGGAAGAGGAGGAAGAGGAGGACGAAGGCUAUGGAGCCAGGCAUCCCCGCGGCAUUGAGCACACACCGGGGUCGAGCAUGGACAACCUAGACAGCUCUUUAACAGGGUCCAUGGUGAAUGGGUGGGGCUCAGCCUCGGAGGAUGACCGUUAUUUCUCCAGCCAUAGGUCCAGUUUGGGCAGUUCAUCUGAUGGCUCCAUCUUUACCCACUGCAGCUUUGCCCAGGCCCUAGUGGCUGCUGCAGACAAGGCAGGCUACCGCCUGGAGGGCACUAGCCUCAGCAAGAGAGGUAAAGGCUUGCCCCACAGGCCCCGGCCCAGCAGUCCGUUCUCAACAGAUGGCAGCACAGUCGGCACACACAGCUUGGGCCACCAGAGGGCCACCAGACCCACACGCAAGCCCCGAAGCCAGGGCACAGCACCCCACCGGAGAGACGCUGGUGCAGACGACCUACCUCCUCCACCUGAGCCUCCUCCCUGUCAGGGGCAGAGCCGUAUCCAGGGGGCCCGCAGCGUAAGCAGCAUGGUGCCCCCUACAGAUCGGAAGGCUUCUUCUCUGGAGCGUCCGCCAUUGUCAGGACCCCUGUCUGGGCCAGAGGACAUGAAGAGCUCCAUUGACAGACAGACACGCACUUCUCUGGAACAUUAUCGCCAGGCUCAAGACAGGCUGGGCUCCAUGGACCGGGCUGAGGAUGGACGCAGGGGACACAAAACAGAGGAAGGGUGCCUGCCAUACAGUAAACCAUCGUUUCCCUCCCCUGGUGGGCACAGCUCCUCCGGCACAGCCUCCUCCAAGGGCUCGACAGGGCCACGGAAGACCGAGGGUCCACGACAGCCACAACAAUGGACCGCCACAGAGCACGCUGAAUUCCUUGGGACCAAUGGACAGGGACAGUACUCGGGGGAGUUAUAGUGAUCUGCCUGGGAUGUAAAACUGGAGGAAACUCAGUCUGUCCACGAAAGAAUGACGCCCUCCUUGUUGGGGCAACGAACUUUGUCCUCACCUGUGUGUUCUCAGAGGGAAGGAGUGCAGCCGAGGGACCGACAGAGAAAAGCAGUGUCACAGAACUGUAAAUGUGAUGUAUAGACACAGACAUACUGUACAUCUCACUAUGUUUUCGUCCUCAAGAAAAUAUUUUCCACCUCCUACCUUACUUUGAUUUUCUUUUUGUUAGAAAAAGGCAAGUUUAACAAAAAAAAAAAAAGAAAACAUAUAUGAGAACAAAUUUUCUGAUAACUGCCCUUGCAAAAGAGGGAAUUCUGUUUCCUGUAAAUAUAUUCUGUCACUUGUUGUUGCAUUGCUAUGCAAGCCUAAUUCAGUUUGAGCUUUUUAUUUCCAUAUACAGGAACAGUUGGUUUUAUCUGGUUAUUUGUAUUAUAUGUGAAUUGCGUGGCUGCCGUGCCAUAAAAUAAUUGUUUUAUAAUCCAUUGUUUGUUAAU